GGCGGGCAGCCUCAGCCGCCCGGGAGGCCCCGCGACGAUGGCGGCGAUGGCGGCGGCGCUGCGGGGACUGGGAGGGCGCUUCCGGUGGCGGACGCCGGCCGUGGCGGGCGGGGUGCGGGGCGCGGCGCAGGGUGCCGUAGCAGGUCAGUGGGACUACGAUCUCCUGGUGAUUGGCGGGGGAUCUGGCGGCCUGGCUUGUGCCAAGGAAGCUGCCCAGCUGGGAAGGAAGGUGGCCGUGGUAGACUAUGUGGAACCUUCUCCCCGAGGCACCCGGUGGGGCCUCGGCGGCACCUGCGUCAACGUCGGCUGCAUUCCCAAGAAGCUGAUGCACCAGGCGGCGCUGCUGGGGGGCCUGAUCCGAGACGCCCCCCAUUACGGCUGGGAGGUGGCCCAGCCUGUGCCGCAUGACUGGAGGAAGAUGGCAGAAGCUGUUCAAAAUCACGUGAAAUCCUUGAACUGGGGCCACCGCGUCCAGCUGCACGACAGAAAAGUCAAGUACUUUAACGUCAAAGCUGGCUUUGUCGACGAGCACACAGUUCGUGGUGUUGCCAAAGGUGGGAAAGAGAUUCUGCUGUCAGCUGACCACAUCGUCAUCGCUACUGGAGGCCGGCCGAGGUACCCCGCACACAUCGAAGGUGCCUUGGAAUAUGGAAUCACAAGCGAUGACAUCUUCUGGCUGAAGGAGUCCCCUGGAAAAACGUUGGUGGUCGGGGCCAGCUACGUGGCCCUGGAGUGUGCUGGCUUCCUCACCGGGAUCGGGCUGGACACCACCGUCAUGAUGCGAAGCAUCCCCCUCCGCGGCUUUGACCAGCUCUUCAAGGAAAAGUCUCUUGUUAAAAUCGAAGUCUGGAGUUGUCAUUGUGGAGACAUUAAACACUCCAUGGCUGCCACGAAGGAGGCCCCUUGCAGGCAAAUGUCCUCCUUGGUCACGGAGCACAUGGCAUCUCAUGGCACCCGGUUCCUGAGGGGCUGCACCCCCUCCCAAGUCAGGAGGCUCCCAGACGGCCAGCUGCAGGUCACCUGGGAGGACCACACCACUGGCAAGGAGGGCACGGGCACCUUCAACACCGUCCUGUGGGCCGUAGGUCGAGUUCCAGACACCAGAAGUCUGAAUUUGGAGAAGGCUGGGGUAGACACUAGUCCCAGCACUCAGAAGAUCCUGGUGGACUCCCGGGAAGCCACUUCUGUGCCCCACAUCUAUGCCAUUGGCGACGUAGUGGAGGGGCGGCCUGAGCUGACGCCCACGGCUGUCAUGGCUGGGAGGCUCCUGGCACAGCGGCUCUUCGGCGGGUCCUCAGACCUGAUGGACUAUGACAAAGUUCCCACGACCGUCUUCACCCCACUGGAGUACGGCUGUGUGGGGCUGUCCGAGGAGGAGGCAGUGGCUCGCCAUGGGCAGGAGCGUGUUGAGGUCUAUCACGCGCAUUAUAAACCACUGGAGUUCACAGUGCCUGGGCGGGAUGCAUCCCAGUGUUACGUAAAGAUGGUGUGCCUGAGGGAGCCCCCGCAGCUAGUGCUAGGCCUGCACUUCCUCGGCCCCAACGCAGGCGAAGUUACUCAAGGAUUUGCUCUGGGGAUCAAGUGUGGGGCCUCCUAUGUGCAGGUGAUGCAGACCGUGGGCAUCCAUCCCACGUGCUCCGAGGAGGUAGUCAAGCUGCGCAUCUCCAAGCGCUCAGGCCUGGACCCCACAGUGACAGGCUGCUGAGGGUAAGCGCCAUCCCUGCAGGCCAGGGCACACAGUGCGCCACCACCAGCUCCUCGGAGGCCAGACCCAGGACGGCUGCAGGCCAGGCUUGGGGGGCCUCGCCCCUCUCCUGAAGCGCCUGUGAUGGUCAGCGUGGAGCGCCAGUGCUGGACAGGUGGCCCGUGUGCCCUGCAGGGAUGGCUCAAGGGCUGUCCACCUCAUACCUGCACCUCUCAGCCUCUCCUGCCUGGCACCCCCCCAGGCUCCUGGUGCCAGAUGAUGACGAUCUGGGUGGAAACCCAUCCUGUGGGCACCCACAUCCGAGCCCGCUGGCAUUUCUGCAACGCAAAUAAAGAGGGUGCUUUUUCUGAA